AUGCGAGGGUUGACUGCCGUUGUGGUGCUUGCUGGAAUCGUGGCGACGGCGUCCAGCACCGCCACGGCCAGCCACAACGACACGGCGUCGAUCGAAACGACGUACUACGUCCACGCGGUGAAUGCAACGCAAGGUGUGUAUGCCGCGUCCAGAAGUGCGGACGCCACGACGGCGAUCCCGCCUGCGACUGCCUUCGUCGAUUGGGACCACCUCUUUCCUUCCAACGCACAGAACGACCCAGUGACUAAGCUCGACGCAACCUACGGAACCAACACAGCCCCAGUCGUGGCGUCGCAACUGGCUAUGCCAACACCACCGCCAUCCAUGCCGCCACCAGCAAUAGCACUGCGGUGA